AUGAGCUCCGAGUCUCGCCAAGGCCCCCGGGCAGGCGGAAAAUCGAAGCGUCGAUGGACCGAUCCGGACGACGAUGGCAGAUCCAAUCCGCAGGACGAUCUGGCGGCCCAGCCCAAGCGACAGCGCGUUUCCCGAGCCUGCGACAGCUGUCGCUCCAAGAAAGACAAGUGCGACGGGGUCCAACCAGUGUGUUCGACAUGUGCAUCACUGAGCCGGCCCUGUACGUACAAGGCUAACCCCAAGAAGCGUGGCCUCCCGACCGGCUACAUUCGAUCGCUCGAAUUGCUGUGGGGGCUAGUCUUCCAGAAGAUUCAAGGUAGCGAAGAUGUGAUGCGUGCCUUGAUCAGAUCUAUCAAUCUUCCGAGUCACUUGGCCACGAUGGGGAAGGAAGCCGAAGUAUCGGAUACACUGAUGUCUUCCUUCAAAAACAGCACGGUCUUGAGAGAUAUCGAGCGGAUCUUGGCAGUGCUGGAGCAGCCCGAGGAGGAGAGGGAGCGCCUUUUCCAAGCAUAUAGUGACAGUGAUACACCACUUGAUAUUGAUGGCAUUCUUGCUUCCUCCGAAGCCCGGCAAUGGCAGAUCCCGGAAGGAUUGGAGCAGCGUGAAACGCCCCUAACGGCGGGCUUAUCACCAUCCCACGCAUCGAUGAUCGGCUUUGAUUCAAAGCCUUCUGGGUACCGCACCAAAGAAUGCGGUGUUCAGACAUCAACCUCGGAUGAAUUUGAAUCCUCCUCCCUCGCCAUUGCCUUCAACGACCCCGGAAUGAUCUCAACCAGCUCUCCCCUUCAACUCCCCUAUAAUGCAUGGCCCCUUCUCGACAUCUAUUUCUCAUAUACGCAAUGCUGGUUUCCCAUCAUCGAGAAACAUGAUAUACUCCGAACAGCAUUUCAAUACACCGAGGGCGAUGUGUAUAUGUCUCGCAGCGCACACGGUUCUGGGGACCACGCCGCCUUGUGGGCUGUAUUGACUCUCGCCUCUCUUCAAGACGCUUCCAUCGCCUCCUCUGGGAGCAUGGACAGCCAAUCCAACCAGGUGAACCCGUUACAACUAUACAAUACCGCCCGAAAUUUAAUUCCCUCUGAGAUUGGCCCGUAUGAAGUCGGACAUGUCCAAGCUUUGUUGAUCCUGUCUCUGAUUAAAUUUGGCCAGCAAGAAUGGACUGCAGCUUGGAUGCUUGUCGGCCAUGCUGUGCGGGUUGCUUUAACCUUGGGCCUUGACCAACCGUCUUUCUCGACAACGUCAUCGAGGUUUCCCGAGCAAGACAAACAGCUGGGACGAGCCAAGCAUGUCUUCUUGGGAUGCUUUGUCCUAGAAACUCUCAUCGCUGAGCAGUCCUCACAAUGUCCAUCGCUUCGAAAGGAUGAUUUGUCCAGGGUAGGGUCCAUCAAUGAAGAUGGGCUAGAGGAGUGGCAUCCGUGGGAAGACCGGACUGGGCUACGGCCAACGCAGUCCUCCCGCGCUUCCAUGCAACGUGGGCCGCUUCACGCGCUUAGCACCUUCAACCGUCUUGUGUCCCUGGUUUCAAUUUUGAACGAUCUUUGCAUCCUCAAGCAAAAUCCAACCGUUUCUCAGUCACAGCUGGAGUCAUUGGAGCUACAGUUACAACACUGGGCUUCCUCCCUUCCAAGGAGCUAUCGAGUCGACUUUCAAAGCCGUCCCGUCAAGCUUGGCUCGCCCCAUAUUUUCGGACUUGAGAUGACGUAUCAAGGCAUUGCCUCUACGUUAAGUCUGCAGAUUGCAGCCCGUGAAACCGACCGGAUUCCCCCCGAAAUGCUACACAAAACACGCGCUAUUGAAAGCUCAAAACGCCUUUUGCAGCUUGUUCAGACGUACAUGGAGACUUAUAGCUUCGCUGCGACUGUUCCGAUAUUUGGAAUGAUGCUGAAAUAUUGCCUACCGCGGUUAACAUCGCGAGAUUCGAUAUCAGACAUGGAGCUGGGCAUCCUGAACAAGAUCCAGUCGUUCUCAUCCCAUCUUGGGCAGCUUUGGUUGAUGCCGGAUCGGCCAAAUACAUUACAAGAUACGUUCCAAAGUAACGUCGGGACGACCGCACCUGCGGUAUCAUUACACCCGCCGAAUAUGACUGCAGCUGAAGACCCGGCAAUGCACCAUUUGCUACCAGAAAGAGCCGAUUCUCGACCUCCGCCAGAAGGCCAUGCUUCGAAUGCUUCGCAUCCAUCAACAUCCGACCCUUUCCUUUCCACACCUUGGCUCAGAGCCGCUCCCAACGUCGACGAUGGUUCUUCCUUAUUGCAAACACCCACACCAUCCCUGACCACCGUAGGCGGUGCCUCCGAAGUGUCAGCACAGCCAGGACAAGUAGAUAGCGGUUUCCCAAGCGGUCUCCAUCAAUCACUAUCCGCCCCCUCCAAAUCCCACAACGCGCCUGGCAUGCUUCCCGAUCUUCACCCCUCCUUUCCUGGUGGGCCAUAUCACGCGACAUAUCACGACCCUUCUCUUAGCCUCCGUACCUUCGUCGACAUGGACGGUUAUGGGCCAUCGCGGCGGCACCAGCGGAUUGCCCCGGACCUGGAUGCCUUGUUCGACGAGCUGGCGUCGUUGGACGGUGGUGAAAAGGCCGACAAUUCAUCCGAGUUUAUGCAGAACCUCGGCUUUGUCUCCGACUCGGGUGUUCCGGAAGUCUUCUCCUUCUCGAGUCAAAUCGAACCCUUCCUUCUCGCACAAUCUCAGCAAAUGCCUGAAGACCCUUCUGCCGUGCGGAGAGAGUCGCAGCCGCAUGUUUGA